AUGGAACUACUGCAGCUUCUUCUUGGCUAUCCGAAAGAAUUUGAAGGUGAUGAAGAUUCAACAGAAUUAGAAGUUAGCACAGAUUCAUCAGAUAUAUAUAGAAAAUCUUCUAUUCAUACACCGUACGAUGUUACUAUUCGAAUCAAUAGCCUUGUCGCACUAUCAACAAGUGGUUGGGAAAUUGUACUUGGAAAUAGUGCAUCAGAGAUCCAAUCAAAUUCGUCCAUACCAAAAGACAAUCGCGGCGUUAUAGUUGCAGUUCUUGGCUCAUAUAAUCGUGGCAAGUCAUUCUUACUCAAUGAACUCUGUGGUCUAAAUCUGCCUAGUGGUAAUCUAAUACAUACAGAGGGUAUCUCCAUUACAGCAGGAAGAAAGCAGGCAGAGAAUAUAGUUUUUAUUGAUACUGCUGGAACUGACACUGCGAUACAAAAAGAUAAGCUAGAUGAUAGAAAGGCUACAGAAGCUCUAAUUAGAGAAAUAGUACUUCAUCUAUGCUCGUUUAUUAUCAUCGUGGUCAAUCGUUUACGUGCGACAGAUCAAUCAUAUAUUCAACAAGUUUUAAUGCACUCCAAAACUUCAGAAAGCAAGACAAAUAUAAUUAUCGUUCAUAACUUACUGGAUGUUGAAACAGUUCAAGAUGUAGAAACGAUAAUUAAAAAUGAAGUCGAAUUUCUUUUUGACGCCAAGCCUGAUAAUAUGAAACUAAAAAUGAAUCAGGAUUCCACAGAUGUUUCCUUCUUUCAUUCUACGAAUAACGGUGUCGACAUUCGCCAUUUUAUUUUUACGAAAAAUGGCACUGAUGCAGCCAAAAUGUGGAAUAGUCAGUCGAUUGAUGGAAUCAUGAAUAUUUUACAAACAGCUACAGAUGCGAGACGAAAUCUGAAGGUUAUCACCGAAAUGAUCAAUUUUGUCAAUACCAAACUGCCACAAUUAUUUACUAAUACUCACGAUGAUAAUUCAAGUGAGAAUAGUCAAAAGCGGCUUCAAAUCGAGAUGCACGUCAGAAAACCAUUUAUUGUACUUUCGCACCGCAAAGACAUGGAGAACCUCGAUCACGACCCCUAUCCGCUAUCCUUGUCUCCGAAGCUUCUUUAUGAUGAUGCAGGCUAUUUUAUUGGUAUUAGUUCUAUGGAUAAUGGUGAAUGGAAACCUCUUUACAAUUUAUAUGAGACAGAAGAUGAAAUUCUUGCUAUCGUUGAACUAGCAGGUUUUAAACAAGGGGAUACACGUGUUGGUGUGGGUGAAGAGUCAAUCAGUAUCGAAGGUCAGCGCGUCAAUUUUAAAGAAUCAUUAUCAAAUCCAACUGUACACCAAGAGAAAAUUCCGAUGGGCAAAUUUAAAUUAGAGAUUCCAUUCAAAUGCAGAAUCGACCAGGACAGAGUGAAACUAGAGUAUAAUGAAGGGAUGUACAAGUUUACGAUUCCAAAGAAGAAAGCUACCGUUAAAUAUCUUUAA